AUGAGUACCUCUACUCAGCUUCUGGAUGAAACUCAUCUGAAAAAGAUUUCGAGGUCGAUACGAGAUUAUAUCCCGAGCACUGCAACUGAUGACAGCGAGGACGAUACGACAGCUAGACCGCUUCGACUUCUACUUGACAAUGUCUUGUAUACGAGCAGCUUUCCUAUCUUGAGUAUUGCACAUCGUACCGCCGCCUGGAAUACGCUCUGCUCACUGAUCGACCAGUCUUCGCAGUCAGCGGUCGAAGCUGUGAGACAGACCAUCUGGGACCAUGGAACGUGGAGACGUGCCCUGCGUUUAUAUCUUGAUCAUGCCCAUAACGCUCGGCCAAAGUCUUCGAGACAGCUGCUAGUCACUCUAACGAGUGCGCUCCAGAAGCAGGUGGGAGACUUGAGAGCGCGAAGCUUGGAGCUCGCUACGAAGGCUUUGGUGAGUAGUCUCGUCGACUACGAGGAUCCACCAAGAGCCAAGGCUGGCAUACAACUUUUGACGACUUUCAUCUCAAAGCAAUUGCUAGACGUCAAGGACCUACCGAGCGCCUUCACGAGUCUUCGUCCAGGUAUUCAUGUCCACGAAGGCUUUCUCGGCGCUCGAGAUCUUCUCGAAGUCCUUUUCCGAUGGCUUGGGAAAGGCGACUUUGGCUCCACCAUUGCCUCGAGCGUGUCUACUGUCCUGGAACGACUUGAUUACCAUGACGCCGAGCUGAGAGGCAAUGUCGGAAAUGCACGUGAAGUACAACCAUGGCGGACGCCUCUCGAGAGCAGCUACCGCCAAGGUGGUAUCAACAUGGAUGACCUACGAGCCCACAUAUUUCCUAUGCUGUUUCGGCGGAGGCCUGAGGACUUCUCGACUUAUCUGCACUGGUAUGGGAUCGAAGUCGGGCGUGAUUACUCUACAAAAAUACCCAGUUUUGAUUCGUACGCCGAGAUGCUCUAUGCUGCAUUACAUACUGGCAAAGCUAUUGGGUUGCUCACAGAAACAGAUGACAGGACUGUCACUUGUGUCGAUAACGUGGUGGGCGUUCCCAUAAGCAUCAUCAGAUCGCUCAUGACCAGCUCGGAUCGCUCCGCACGCUUGGCCGGGCUGUCUGUACUGCUCGUGUCGCCCGUUCCAUCGAAGCCUCUUUCUGUGAGUGCUCUGGCUCUGGUGAAGAAGGCCUUUGGAGUAUACUUAGCAGACGUCGAUGCAGACUUUCGUAGUGAAGUCUUCGGCGCGUUCCAGAGACUUGUCGAUCGGCUCAGGUCUGUUACUGCUGUGCUUUCUCGUGCUAAUGCCCUCUCUGCCACGAUCGAGAUGGCUCGAAUCACUUUGCAAAAGCACCAAGACCUGCUCAAGUGGCUAUUGCGCUUCCUUACACAAGAGCUGCGACCGACGGCAAGCUAUCAGAGGCAUAUAUGUGCACUGAGAUGCCUGUCGAUGCUCGCACGCUCUGGCCUGGACCAUGGGGUCCCUGCUCGAGAGUGGUCAAAAUCUGCGCAAGGGCAGAUUAAGUGGCCAUUCGAGAUCUCAGUGAUGAGCCCUGAGCUACGCCGCUUACUUGUCGACCUCCUGAUGGAUCCCUUCGAUGAUGUGCGCCAGUCCUCGUUCUCCCUGCUGAAUCUUUAUAGCUCCCUAGGAGUGUUACCUUCCUCUGCCUGCGCCGUCGCGCCUGAUUUCUAUCUACAAGCCCUAGAUCGAGCGGAAGCAACCAUGCAUCAGACUGGGAGAGCGGAUCAUGCGGACGGAGUGGCAUAUCUUUACUCGCUGUAUUACCAGGCUUGUAUCGCGGAAGGACGCACGGAACCUGCAUGGCAAUACGCUGAGCAGACAGUGCUCGAAGAGAGGCUGCUGAAGAAGCUCGAGCUCUUCGUGGGAACAGCACAGAGAUCGUUAUCCGAAGCAGUCGCAGGCUUGCCUCUGCACGGCCUAUUGACGAGUCUUCGUUACGUGCUCGUCCAGCGCCAUUUGCACGUCCACGACCAUAGUCAUGACCAAAUGCCCGACACUAUAUACUCAUGGCUUCGACAGAUCUGGGACGUAGUCAAGCCUGUGCUCUGCGAUGAUGCCCCAGAAGGCUACUUGCCAGAGGAAUCUGAGGCGUGCGCAAACGACACAAAGGAGACGCUAAGUUAUUGCUGGCGAGCACUAAAGGAGAGCAGUCUGCUGCUAGGAACGUUGGUGUCAUUGGAUCCGACCGCUUCCAGCGACGAAGCUGCCAAUCUCACGAAGUACAGCUCUCUAUGCUUCACUCAACUGGCCGAGCUUAGACACCGGGGCGCCUUCUCGACUGUCGCGCAGACCUGGGCUACUUGCUGCACACGAGCAAAAGACGCAUCACACCAAGGCCAACCACAGCUGGAGAUUUGGUAUGAAGAUAUUGUGAGCAAGCUCAGAACCAAUGUCACGAUCAACACACGCCGCUCUGCUGGCUUCCCAUCACUACUCUGUGGCGUCUUGGUGGCUGACAGGUCAGGCAAGCUGGUAGCGCAAGCAGUAACUGACCUGGAAUCCAUCGCACGUCAAAAGGUCGAUGCGAGAUCGGCCGAAGAAGGCUCCUUGGCGCAGGUGCAUGCCAUGAACUGUUUCAAGGACAUUCUGAAGAACUCGAAGCUGGGUGAACGCUCAGAGCCAUUCCUGGCGAACGCUCUGCAACUUUCCGCGGACGGUCUGCGCUCGGAAGCGUGGGCCAUCCGGAACUGUGGUUUGAUGCUUUUCCGGGCUGUGAUCGAUCGCUUGCUUGGAACAAGCGAUGCGCACUUCGACGACGACGCAGAGAUACAGAAGCGCAUCUCUACAGAAGCGUAUCCUCACCUUCUCGACGUGGUGCUCAGUCUCCUCAAGGCACCUGCAGACGGCACUACUACACGUUUUGAAGGCGUGUUCCCUGCUCUGCAACUCCUCCAGCUCACCCGGGUCCCCGAAGAUCGACUGUCCGAGACAACUAGCGCCGUUGACACACUGAUAUCGAGCUCAUCAUGGCAUGUGCGAGACAAGGCAGCUCGCACGUUAGCUUCCUUCACGAGCAUGGAUGAACUUGCCCUGCAACUUGAUGAGCUUUUAUCAGGAGGACCACUUCGAGAAAACCACACUCACGGUCUUUUGCUCCUGAUCAAACACACCUUGGCCCAAGCGACGACUGAUAUAAUCCAGCCAGAAACACCCAAACAUGAACUUACCAUCGCGUUCUACGACUGUUCUUGCCUCGCUCGAUCGGUGGGAGAGUUGUUCCAUCGCACAAGAAGUGUUGUGACGAAGGCGGCUAGCUUGGAUGUUGUCAGAGCUUGCUCAGCUUUCCUCACCGGUAUCAAUACUCCCGACUCUGCCAGUGGCCAUGCCAUCGACGUUUUCCAAGCCAUAUUGGACGACAUUCGGGAAGAUCCCACCGCAGCUGUCAUCCGCCAAGCGUGGGCUCGCCUGGUGGCCCAAUAUCUCUCCGCACAGCCCGUGUCAGAGCAUGACUCGUGGUCAGAUUUGAUUGCCAUGGUCGUGGAACUAUCGCAGUAUGACGAAGGCGCGGUGACACACUUCCUGCAAGCGUUGCAUCCUGUCGGAUUAGACAGUGGAAAAUCAACGUCGCAGCUCGCCAUGCAGCUGUAUACAUAUAUAUCAGGGGGCAACGCGAGGAUGGAGCUCAAGUGUACUGCCCAGCGAACGUUAAUCGAGCACGCCGGAGCUCCUGGAAAUUCCGUUGAGUUUGAUAUUGUGCGCAUACAAAAGUAUUCUGCGGAUAGUGGUUCGACAGCCCGGUACGCCGAUCAGCUUCUGCAAAUCCAGGCAUUACAGAUCGAGUUUCUGUUGAGAACGCUACCAGUUGUACACAACGAGCUCAUCGAGGAUGUCUCUACAUGGUCUGCUGCGUGUGUGGCGUCCAUCGACGGUACUGGCGUCUAUGCGCGUGAAGCGGCGGCCGAAGCACUUGGACGAGUCACACAACUUUGGCGCAUCAUGCAGACAGAGGAACGUCUCGAGAGCCAUUUCCUCCGUUUAUGUAUCGCAGUCUACGAUCUACUGAACGACGACGACGAGGAUACCCGUCUAUUGGCAAUCAAAAUCUGCACACGGAUCAUUCCUGGCACUCCACCGCGCUCUCCUGGCUUGGAGCCUAUUAUAGCCAGUCAAAAGCUUCUAGCGUUCUGCAUCAAACGCUGGCCCUCGAGCCCUCACUUGAUCGCAGAAGCUUUUCACCGUGCUUUUAGCUUCAACGAAACCACCGCCAACAACAAGGACAACAACGACGACUCUCCCCAGACCAUCACCGAACGCCUAGCAACUACUAAUGGGAUGAAUGACCGCGAUACAACGCUCUUCGCCGAAGAAAAGCAAAACCUUUACAUUGACGAAGCCAAAGAAGUCCGCAUCUGGUCCCAGGUUCUAACGAAACUCCACGCACCUUCUAUUCCCAAAUCUCUGAUUCAAUCUCUCACGACAUAUGUAUCCUCCGCCCUCUCCGACCUCACCGUCCACGCUCAAAAUCUCCCCCAAAACUUCGACGGACCUCUUGGUUGGACUACCACCAUAUUAGAUCUCUACAACCUCGGCCUUCGAGUGAUCUAUGGCGCUGAGGUGCUUCUGAACAUCUCUGGUGAUUUUCACGGCGUGAAGAUUCCUGUGCAGCCGUCGGAUUUGAGGAAGAGAUUGUUCGAAUUCGUUACGGCGUUGGAAAAGAUUGAAGGGAAUUGCUUGUGGAAAUGGGAGGCUCAGAGAGUCCUGACGGAGUCUUUGUCGAGGAAGGUCGAGAGGGUUGGGGGUUUUAUCGGAAGGGGGUUGGAGGAGCAUAUCUGA